AAAAAAAAAAAAAAAAAUUCCCGAUCAAAAACUACAAUCUUCGUCCAAAAAUUCAAGAUUUUUAACUGAAAAAUUGCAACACUAGUCCCUUGCCAUUGCCGACUCCAAAGCCAAUGCUACGCACCCUGCAAACCCACCGUGGACCCAUCCUCCACAGCAAUAAACCACCGCCUAUCACUCACCACGCCCAUCUGUCCCUCUACACCACCCAACAACCACUACACUCCAGCUCUUCCAUCCCUAAAGCGUCCACAGUCUCUGCCUCUUUCAAUCUUGAGCACCCUCAACUAGAGACAAGACCCAUGCAUCUAAUGGAAAAGAAACUGUCGUCAGUUGAUUGGGAAACUUUCAGACCUGUGCGUCUUGACUCCUGAAAAAACUUCUUUGUUUCUUUGCUGGCUUCCUUCGAUUUCUCUUGAAGUUUCUUUUAGAUUUAUUGGGCUUUUUCUUAGAUUUUCUCCCUUUUUUUCUGUUUUUUCUCUUUUUCCGUAGGCAGUCUUGAUGGAAUUUUUAAUACGAGGACGAAAAUCCAUUUUUAAUUUUUGUAAUUUAAAUGUUUUUUUUAUUUUGUUUUUAUAAUUUAAAUAUUAAACAAUUAUAUAUAAAUAAAAUUUUUAUAAUUUU